ACUCCGCGGGAGCGGCGCUACGGUGGCCGGCAGGGCUAGGACAGGCUCCGCCGCUCGCGUCCCGCCAUGGGUGGCCGCAUCGAGUGCGUGUUCUUCAGCGAGUUCCACCCCACGCUCGGGCCCAAAAUCACCUACCAGGUCCCCGAGGACUUCAUCUCCCGGGAGCUGUUUGACACCAUCCAGGUGUACGUGAUCACCAAGCCCGAGCUGCAGAACAAGCUGAUCACCGUGACGGCCAUGGAGAAGAAGCUGAUCGGCUGCCCCGUGUGCAUCGAGCACAAGAAGUACAGCAGGAACGCUCUGCUCUUCAACCUGGGCUUCGUGUGCGAUGCCAGAGCCAAGGCCUGCGCGCUGGAGCCCAUCGUGAAGAAGCUGGCUGGGUACCUCACCACCCUCGAGCUGGAAAGUGGAUUCAUCUCCAACGAGGAGAGUAAACAGAAGCUGGUUCCCAUCAUGACCAUCCUGCUGGAGGAGCUGAAUGCCAAAGGGAAGUGUACCCUGCCCAUAGAUGAGUCCAACACCAUCCACCUGAAGGUGAUUGAGCAGCGGCCAGACCCCCCCAUUGUGCAGGAGUACGAUGUCCCUGUCUUCACUCAGGACAAGGAUGACUUCUUCAACUCCCAGUGGGAUCUCACCACGCAGCAGAUCCUGCCCUACAUCGAUGGAUUCCGGCACGUCCAGAAGAUUUCAGCUGAGGCUGAUGUGGAGCUGAACCUGGUGCGCAUCGCCGUGCAGAACCUGCUGUACUAUGGGGUCGUCACUCUCGUCUCCAUCCUCCAGUACUCCAACGUCUACUGCACCACACCCAAGGUCCAGGACCUGGUGGAUGACAAGUGUCUCCAGGAAGAGUGUCUGUCUUAUGUCACCAAACAAGGGCACAAGCGAGCCAGCCUCAGGGAUGUCUUCCAGCUGUACUGCGGGCUGAGCCCUGGCACCACUGUGCGAGACCUCAUCUCCCGCUACACCCUGCAGCUCCAGAGGGUGGAUGAGAGGAGGCUGAUCCAGUUUGGUUUGAUGAAGGGCCUGAUCCGUCGGCUGCAGAAAUACCCGGUCAAGGUGGCCCGGGAUGAGCGCAGCCACCCCGCCCGGCUGUACACGGGCUGCCACAGCUACGACGAGAUCUGCUGCAAGACUGGCAUGAGUUACAAGGAGCUGGAUGAGCGCCUGGAGAACGACCCCAACAUCAUCGUGUGCUGGAAGUGACACACUGAUAGCCCUCUCUAGAG